GCGGUGCGGGUCGCUCCUCGGGCUCCUGCCGCGGCCGCCGGAGCCGCGCCGCCGCCUUCCUUCCCUCCCCUAUGGAAGAGAUGGAAGAGGAGCUGAAAUGCCCGGUGUGCGGCUCCUUUUACCGGGAGCCCAUCAUCCUGCCCUGCUCGCACAACCUGUGCCAGGCGUGCGCCCGCAACAUCCUGGUGCAGACGCCGGACUCGGAGUCUCCGCAGAGCCGCCGCGCCUCGGGCUCGGCCGUCUCCGACUAUGACUACCUGGACCUGGACAAGAUGAGCCUGUACAGCGAGGCGGACAGCGGCUACGGCUCCUACGGGGGCUUCGCCAGCGCUCCCACCACGCCGUGCCAGAAGUCCCCGAACGGGGUCCGCGUGUUCCCGCCGGCCGCGCCGCCGCCUCCCGCCGCCCUGGCGCCGCCGCCGCCGCCGCGCAACGCGUGCCUGACCUGCCCGCAGUGCCACCGCAGCCUGGUGCUGGACGAGCGCGGGCUGCGGGGCUUCCCCCGAAACCGCCUGCUCGAGGGCGUCAUCGACCGCUACCAGCAGGGCAGGGCGGCGGCCUUGCGGUGCCAGCUCUGCGAGAAGGCGCCCAAGGAGGCGGCCGUGAUGUGCGAGCAGUGCGAUGUGUUUUACUGCGACCCGUGCCGCCUGCGGUGCCACCCGCCGCGGGGACCGCUGGCCAAGCACCGCCUGGUGCCGCCGGCCCAGGGCCGCGUCAGCCGCCGGCUCAGCCCCCGCAAGAUUUCCACCUGCACCGACCACGAGCUGGAGAACCACAGCAUGUACUGCGUGCAGUGCAAGAGCCCCGUCUGCUACCAGUGCCUGGAGGAGGGCAAGCACUCCAGCCACGAGGUGAAGGCGCUGGGAGCCAUGUGGAAGCUGCACAAGAGCCAGCUUUCCCAGGCCCUGAAUGGUUUGUCAGACAGAGCCAAGGAAGCAAAGGAAUUCCUGGUCCAGCUCCGCAACAUGGUGCAGCAAAUCCAGGAGAACAGUGUGGAGUUCGAGGCCUGCCUGGUGGCCCAGUGUGACGCCCUCAUCGAUGCCCUCAACAGAAGGAAAGCCCAGCUGCUGUCCCGGGUCAACAAGGAGCAUGAACACAAGCUGAAGGUGGUGCGGGACCAGAUCUCGCACUGCACGGUGAAGCUGCGCCAGACCACGGGGCUGAUGGAAUAUUGCCUGGAGGUCAUCAAGGAGAACGACCCCAGCGGCUUCCUGCAGAUCUCAGAUGCUCUCAUCAGGAGGGUGCACCUGACCGAGGAGCAGUGGGGCAAGGGGACGCUCACCCCACGCAUGACCACGGACUUCGACCUGAACCUCGACAACGCCCCUCUGCUGCAGUCCAUCCACCAGCUCGACUUCGUCCAGAUGAAAGUCUCCUCCCCAGUGCCGGCCCCGCCGAUCCUGCAGCUGGAGGAGUGCUGCACCCACAACAACAGUGCCACUCUGUCCUGGAAGCAGCCCCCUCUGUCCACGGUGCAGGUGGAAGGAUACAUCCUGGAGCUGGACGAUGGCAACGGCGGCCAGUUCAGGGAGGUGUAUGUGGGCAAGGAGACCAUGUGCACGGUGGAUGGGCUGCACUUCAACAGCACCUACAGCGCCCGCGUCAAGGCUUUCAACAAGUCGGGAGUCAGCCCCUACAGCAAGACCCUGGUGCUCCAAACUUCCGAGGGAUGCAAUUUUGACACGCAAGGAUCGCCUUACUCCCAAUUAGUUGACAUUAAAAAAAUGGUGGCAGUCGCUUGGUUCUCUUUCGACCCCGCCUCUGCCCAUGCCGACAUCAUCUUUUCCAACGACAACCUGACUGUCACCUGCAACAGCUACGAUGACAGGGUGGUGCUGGGGAAAACGGGCUUUUCCAAAGGGCUGCACUACUGGGAGCUGUCCAUCGACCGCUACGACAACCACCCCGACCCGGCCUUCGGCGUGGCUCGCAUCGACGUCCUCAAGGAUGCCAUGCUGGGCAAGGAUGACAAGGCCUGGGCCAUGUACGUGGACAACAACCGCAGCUGGUUCAUGCACAACAACUCCCACACCAACAGAACCGAGGGUGGGAUCACAAAAGGCGCCACGGUGGGAGUGCUGCUGGAUUUGACCAGGAGGACUCUGACCUUCUCCAUCAACGAGGACCAGCAAGGACCUGUGGCCUUUGAGAACCUGGAGGGCCUCUUCUUCCCCGCCGUCAGCCUCAACAGGAACGUGCAGGUGACGCUGCACACCGGGCUGCCCGUGCCCGAGUUCUACGCUUCGCGCUCGGCCAUGCCCUGAGGAUGCUCCCGGAGCCGGCUGCCUCUUCUCGGCAUGGUGAGAGGAGCCAGCCCGUUCCCUCCUGCAGGACAAGGUGUCCCUGCCCGGCUGCCAGGUCCCUGCUCGGCCACCAGGUCCCUGCUCGGCCUCUGGCCGGAGACGGGGACGCAAAUCGGGAAGGAAGAUCCUGGCUUUCGGCCGCCUCCGCUCUCCGGCCUCCGCGCUGUCCCGUGUGUGUGCGCUUCGCUCUUUAGCUCUCUUUGGCUGAUGAAGUACCUAGGUAGCCUGAGCUGUUCUCCUGUGUCCGCUUUUAGGUUUGGUUUUCCUGAUUUGAGUUGGGGUUUUUUGGGGGGGAGGGGGCAGUUCCGUCUCGCUUUCCCCUCCCGUGGGGCCAGCCGGAGGGACCCCACCACGGGAACGCUUCUGCCCACGCCAGCCCGGUUACUUUGCAGGAUUCUUUCUUUCCCCUGUGGCCUUUCUUGCAGAGCACCCUCGGUCACGUGUAGAGGUGGGUCCUGGAUUACCAGUCAGUCUCCAUGUCCUUACCAAAACACCCCUCUCUGUCCUGCCUGCCCCUGGGGCGUCUCUGCGGGGCAGGGGGUGGCCUGUCCUGUCCCCAGGUGCUGGCAGGCCCUUGGUCGGGUGCCCAGUGCCCACGGGGGGCUCUCCAGGGACCCCCCCACGCCUCGGUGCCAGCACACGCGCCACAGCCAUAGACCGCAGAGCCUCGCCCGGCUCUUCGGAGAUUAGCGUUUAUUUUUUUAUAGUUGCCAUAUAAAGCCUAGCCUUAAAUUCAACUGAUAGUGUCCUUCCAAUCACCGGAGAAUUGGUUCUGCAGUGAGGGUCUGACACAGAGCCCGGGGGUGGGGAUGGGAUGGGGAGGAAGGAGAGCUGGACCACAGCCCCGCCACGCACUCAGGAAUAUCCAUCCCCUCCAUCCCCUGCUUGACUUUCUGGUAAUUCAGAGGUGGGAGAGGAGCGGUGCCAGCCCCGUGGCCGAGCCGAGAGCGCCUGCACGCUCGUGUCCCCGCGGAGCCGGGCCGGGCACUCAUUCCCCGCUCCGGCUGGGACACGAUGACGGGAGCGCCGGCCCAGCAGAAAAACAAGUGUAAAUAACCCAUUCCCUCCCAGCCUGCCCUCCUCCAGGACAGUCCCGUUCAUUCCCUCGUUGCUCUAGCGUUAAGUUUUCCUAAUUUAUUGGAUGGGUGCUAUCUCUCGUUGACUCCCACCAAGGAGUCGCUCCCAGCUGCCGGAGAGCCGCGUUGCGGGACAACGCCGGGCGGCUCCUUGGUGUUCCUGAGGAGCCCCCGUGGCCGGCUCACCCGGGGCUCCUCUCUCAGCCGUCAUCCCCCGUUCUUUAGGGUGUUCAUGGUGCUUCUUAGAGUCCCAGUGAUUGUAAGACGUCGUUCCCCGCCCCGUGUUGCGCGAUGGUAGCUGCACACAGCCGCUGUACUGACCACGAGUGUCACGUUUGCCGUUCUAAUAAAGGACUUUUACGAGAGAA